AUGGAGCAGUUGCACAAGCCGCAUCGCAAGCCCAAGGAGAAGAAGAAGCACUCCGGGCCCAACCCGAAGGCUUUCUCCUUCUCCAACCCGGGCAAGCUUCAAAGAGCGGCAACGAGAUCUCAUGAUAUCAAGGAAAAGCGUCUCCACGUUCCGCUCGUCGACCGUAUACCCGACGAACCCCCGCCGAGGCUUGUAACUAUCGUCGGACCUCCUGGUGUCGGCAAGACCACCCUGCUGAAGUCUCUGAUCCGCCGAUAUGCGAAGGAGACAAUCACCGAACCCCAGGGGCCGAUCACGGUCGUGACUUCGAAAAAGCAGAGGCUCACUUUCCUCGAGUGCCCCAACGAGCUGGAGGCAAUGGUGGACAUCGCAAAGGUCGCAGACAUUGUUCUGCUCAUGAUCGAUGGGAACUAUGGCUUCGAGAUGGAGACUAUGGAGUUCCUGAACAUCCUCGCGGCCACAGGUAUGCCAGGCAAUGUCUUUGGCAUCUUGACACAUCUCGACCUCUUCCGGAAACCUCAGACGCUCAGAGACGCAAAGAAGAGACUCAAGCACAGGCUCUGGAGGGAACUCUACCAGGGAGCGCAUCUGUUCUACCUUUCCGGCGUCAUCAAUGGCCGUUACCCCGACCGAGAAAUCCACAAUCUGUCCAGGUUCCUGUCCGUCAUGAAGAACCCACGACCUCUGAUCUGGAGGAACUCGCACCCAUACACGGUCAUUGACAGUUUCCGGGAUAUUACCCACCCUACCAAGAUUGAAGAGGACGAGAAGUGCGACCGUUCAAUUGUCUUAUCAGGGUAUCUACGAGGAACGAACUUCGCCGCGCAAAAUCAAAGAGUUCACGUCGCUGGACUGGGAGAUUUCACCGUGGCCAGCAUGGAGGUGCUUCCUGACCCCUGUCCAACGCCAGCAAUGGACCAGGCUAUGGCCAAAAUCACAGGCAAGACCGGAAGGAGGAGGCUAGAUGAGAAAGAGAAAAAAGUGCAUGCCCCCAUGUCUGACCGUAGCGGAUUGAAGAUCGACGGAGACGCUAUCUACAUUUACCGCGAGAAGGGCUUUACCUUUGACAAAGAUGCGGAAAACGUAGAGCGCGGCGAGGGCGAGGAGUUGAUCAUCGGACUCCAAGGCGAAAGGAGACUACUCGGUCAGACCGAAGAGGGUGUGCAACUAUUCGCCGGCGGUGAGCAGAUCAAGGAACUCGCCGAAGAGGAUACGGGCAGGAAAACUCAAAGGAAGGCCCGGUUUGCCGAACGGGACGAGAAUGACGACGAUGACAUGCCCGACGAUGAAGGGUUUGUCAGCGGCGAGGAUGAAGAUGGGUCCGAUAUCGAAACCGAGUUCAGGGAAGAAAAAUUGGGCAAGGUGUUCCGUAAGGACGUGGACAAGAACGGCGGCGGCGACGACCUGGCCUUUGCUGACAGCGACUCGGAUCUGGGAUCCAUGUCUGGGGACGAGGAGGAAGAAGACUUUGACGAAGAUGAAGAUGAGGAAGACUUCGACUCUGAUGAGGAGGGCGCUGCGAUCAAAUGGAAGGAGAACAUGGCGGAGCGGGCCAAGAGCCUGCAUGGCAAGAAGCGCCCGUAUCAAGCCGCCGAUCUCGCCAGGAUGCUGUACAAUGACAAAUUGUCCAUCAGCGAGGUGUUGCAGCGCUGGAAGGGUGCCGACGAGGAUGAGGAAGAGGAGAACAUUGAGGACGAUGAUGAGGAUGAUGAUUUCUUCAGCAAAUCGAAACAAGCGAGGGAGGAUGAUGGGGCGGAAGACCGUACUGUUCCCGACUAUGACUACCAGGACCUAGCUGCUCGAUGGUCUGAUGAUGCCAUCGAAGCGCUGCGGGCCAAGUUCACUUCUGCUGACCUCUUGGAUGAGGACGGGGAUGAGGACGAUAUGAGUGGGUUCGGCAGCGAAGGCGAUGAAGACGACGAGGACGCCGAUGAUGACGAUGAUGAUGACGAAGGUGACGGUGCAUUCGAGGAUCUCGAGACAGGUGAGCAGCACGGCCCUUCCCAGGAGGAGCCGCCGUCCUUUGAAGAGCAGCGAGAGCAAAACGCCCGGAGGAAAGAAGAGCUCAAGCUCCGUUUCGAGGAAGAAGACAGGGAGGGCUUCAAGAACCCGAAAGCAAUCGCACGGAAGGAAGGAGGCAACGAAGACGAGUUUGGCGAGGAUGAGUGGUACGACGCACAAAAGGCCCUAAUCCAGAAGCAGCUUGAUAUCAACAAGGCUGAGUUCGAGGAACUGGACGAGCGCCAGAGGACGGCUGUAGAGGGCUUCCGGGCCGGCAAAUAUGCCAAGAUUGUCAUCGAGGGCGUGCCCGCCGAGUUCGUCAAGAACUUCCAGGCGAAGAUGCCCAUCAUCAUGGGCGGCCUCGCCCCUACGGAAGACCGCUUCGGCUUCGUCCAGGUGCGCAUCAAGAGGCACCGUUGGCACAAGCGGAUCCUCAAGACGAACGACCCCCUGAUCUUCUCCCUCGGCUGGCGGCGCUUCCAGUCCCUCCCCAUCUACAGCAUCUCCGACUCCCGCACGAGGAACCGCAUGCUGAAAUACACGCCCGAGCACAUGCACUGCUUCGGCACCUUCUACGGGCCGCUCAUCGCCCCCAACACGGGCUUCGUCUGCUUCCAGUCCUUCUCGUCCUCCAACCCGGGCUUCCGCAUCGCCGCCACGGGCACCGUGCUCAGCGUCGACGAGUCGACCGAGAUCGUCAAGAAGCUCAAGCUGACGGGCGCGCCGUACAAGAUCUUCAAGAACACGGCCUUCAUCAAGGACAUGUUCAACUCGGCGCUCGAGAUCGCCAAGUUCGAGGGCGCCGCCGUCAAGACCGUCUCGGGCAUCCGCGGCCAGAUCAAGCGCGCGCUGUCCAAGCCCGACGGCCACUUCCGCGCCACUUUCGAGGACAAGAUCCUGCUCAGCGACAUCGUCUUCCUGCGCGCGUGGUACCCCAUCCGGCCGCGCCGCUUCUACAACCCCGUCACCAACCUGCUCGGCGGCUGGCGCGGCAUGCGCCUGACGGGCGAGAUCCGGCGCGACGAGAACCUGCCCACGCCGCAGAGCCGCAACAGCCAGUACCGCCCCGUCGAGCGGCAGGCGCGGCACUUCAACUCGCUCAGGGUGCCGCGCCGGCUCGCCGCGGAGCUGCCCUUCCGGUCGCAGAUCGUGCAGACGCGGCCCCAGAAGAAGGAGACGUACAUGCAGAAGCGGGCCGUGGUGCUGCGCGGCGAGGAGCGCCGGGCGCGCGACCUGAUGCAGAAGCUGACGACGAUCCGCAAGGACGUGGCCGAGAAGCGCCGGGCCAGGAAGGAGGAGAAGAGGGUCGAGCACCGCAAGAAGCUGGCCGACGCGGCGGAGAAGAAGGAGGCCGGCGAGAAGAGGCGCAACAAGGAGUUCUGGAGCCGCGAGGGCAAGAAGAGGGGCGCUGGGGCUGAGGGCGGCGGCGGGGGCAAGAGGAGGAAGUAG